AUGGCCAAUUCCUUGAAACUGCCGAAUGAGCUGCCUCCACCAGGAAAGGUCGUCUCACCUGCAUCACCAGUUGUUGAGCCCCGAAACAACAACGAUGCUCUUCUCAAAGCCGCCCAUCGCAAAGUCGACAAGCGCCUUCUCCUCUGGUAUGCAUUCGUGUACCUAAUCAUGCGCAUACACGUCUCCAACAUCUCGAACUCGGCCAUCAUAAAUCUCGAAUCUGGAGAUGGAAUCCGUCGUCAGCUCGGCAAUCUCUCAUCCUCACAAUGGGCAUGGGCGCUUUCCAUCUUUUAUUAUCCCUACAUGUUCCUCGAACCGCUCGCUACGCUAGCUCUGAAAAAGUUCAACCCCAAUGUUUGGAUGUCGCGGAUCAUGCUUACGUGGGGUAUUAUAAGCAUGUGCCAGGGGGCAACGCAGAAUUAUGCAGGUAUCCUUGUCUGCAGGUUCUUCUUGGGCGCUGCAGAGGCAGGGUUCUAUCCAGGAGUGCUGUAUCACUUCAGCUUUUGGUAUAGGACUGAGAGGUUGCCGCUGAGAAUUGGAUUCUUCUACGCAUGUGGUAUGUUCUCGGGAACAAUCAGCGGCCUGUUGGCGUAUGCUAUAUCAUUCAUGAACGGCGCUGGUGGAUUGGCUGGUUGGCGAUGGCUCUUCAUCCUCGAAGGAAUGCCCGCUAUAUUCUUUGCGGUUAUCACAUUUUUUUCCCUUCCGAACUACCCCGAGACUGUCAAAUUUCUGAACGAGACCGAGCGCAAGGCAGUCCUCGAUGAUCUUCCAAAACAGGCACCCACUAUGCAAGCAAAGACGUUCAACCGGGAGCAAGCAGUAUCUCUGUUCAAAGACCCAACGUUCGUUCCCUUCCUGAUGAUCUGGAUUACGCACGGCAUUGGCGGUUGGGGAAUCUCCUUCGUCUUACCUACUGUCAUAUACGAGCUCGGCAUCUCCGACACUGCCAUUAGCCAGGUUAUGACAAUGCCCCCCUUCACCCUCGUCUUCGUCAUCCUCUGCUCAUUAGCCUACCUCAUCCACACAGGCCGCCUAUCCCCCUGGAUCGCCGGUCUAGCCGUCGAAGUCACCCAGAUAAUCUGCUACAUCCUCCUCAUCACGGUCAAGAACUCCGUCGCAAAAUACAUCUUCGUCAUGAUUGCAACCGCCGCAUCGCAGUCUUUCUUCGCGCUCAUGUGGCCGGAGCGCAUCCGCGCUGCGAAGGGCACUACGACGGCAGGGCUGGCGAUUGGUAUCACGAACGCGAGCGCUCAAUUAAUGGGUAUUGUGGGUCCGCAGAUUUAUCAGGCGAAGUUUGGGCCGACGUAUAGGGUCAGCUAUAUCUGCUCGAUUGGGUUAUUGUGUGCGUGCUUGGCGGCGAUAUGUACAAGCUGGUACUUUGUGAGAAGGGGGGAUAGGAAGGCUGUGGACAGCGAAGAGGAAGUCUCGGCGCCGUCGUCUGUGGAUUUAGUACCGUCGAAAGCCGCAUAUUGA